AUGAGUCGAAAACGAUCAGCUAACACAAGCCAAAAUCCACCUAAAAAACGACAAAAGGUUACCCAAUCAGGACCAUCCACAUCGACGGGGGUCACUGCUAAACAGAAGAAAGCUUCAAAUCCCCAAAAGAAGACAGCGAAGAAAAAGGCACCCCAAACAGCAAAAGCCAAAAAUCCUAACACAAGCCAAAAUCCACCUGAAAAACGACAAAAGGUUACACAAUCAGGACCAUCCACAUCGACGGGGGUCACUGCUAAACAGAGGAAAGCUCCAAAUCCCCAAAAGAAGACACCGAAGAAAAAGGCACCCCAAACAGCAAAAGCCAAAAAACCUAAAGCGCCCAAGGCCCCAAAGGAAGCCCCCCAAAAGAAAAAGGGGCCCCGAAGUACAAAAACCCAAAAGAAAACAACAGCAAAGAGUCAGACCCCUAAAUCUCAAAAGAAGGCAAAGACGAGCAAAGCUAAAACUGCUGGAAAAGGUCGAUCUAAGAAAAAUUCAAAGAAAUAA